AUGAAAAUAAAGCAAUAGAUUUUUUUAAACAAGCUGCUUUCAACGAUGAGGAAGCAAUUGAUUUCUGUGAAAAGAAAAAUAUUGAAUAUCCUAUCUCUAAAAACAAUUAUUUAAGAACAUUUAAAACUUCAUAA